AUGGGAUCAAAGACCCCUGACGGCCACCGGCAGUCGCCUGAUGCCUCCAACUCCAGCGAGCUCAAGCCAGCCAGCCCCAACCCCAAGCCCUCUCAGAAUGGCUCGCAGUCGGCUGACUUGGACCGCGGUGUUGUCGGAGAAGACGAUGACGACGAUGAUGAGAACGAGGAAGUGGGGGUGAUUACCACCAACGCCGAAAAGAAGAAGAAACGCAAGAAGUCCAAGAAGAAGAACAAGAAGAGCAAGUCCGGAGCCGCCCCCGCGACACAGCAAACUACACCUCCGCGCGUCCCGCUGUCGACUCUCUUCCCGUCCGGGUACCCGGUGGGCGAACUGGUCCCGUAUGAAAAUACGGCCCGCACCACUGACGAAGAGUCGCAGUACAACUCGCGUCUCUGGGACGAGGACCUCCUGACCGAUUACCGGCAGGCCGCCGAAAUCCACCGCCAAGUGCGCCAGUAUGCCCAGGCCGAGCUUAUCAAGCCAGGCGCGAGUCUCCAAUCCAUUGCGGAAGGGAUUGAAGACGGCGUUCGUGCCCUGUGUGGCCACCAGGGACUGGACACUGGCGACGCAUUGAAAGCCGGCAUGGGAUUUCCCACUGGGUUGUGUUUGAACAACAUUGCGGCUCAUUGGACGCCUAACCCCGGCGGGAAAGACGUCAUCUUGGAGAAGAGCGAUGUCCUCAAGGUUGAUUUUGGCGUUCAUAUCAAUGGACGUAUUGUCGACUCGGCUUUUACCGUCGCCUUUGACCAUACCUAUGACAAUCUCUUAACCGCCGUGAAGGAGGCGACGAACACUGGUAUAAUGGUACAUGUCUUUCUCGAUGAUCUUGUAGGAAGUGAAGUGAUGGAGAGCUACGAAGUCGAUCUGGCUGGAAAGACCAUUCCUGUCAAAGCAAUCAGGAACAUCACCGGCCAUGAUAUUCUCCGAUACAAUAUCCAUGGCGGGAAGCAGAUUCCUUUCAUCAAAAACAACAACCCGGACAAAAUGGAGGAAGGAGAAGUAUUCGCUAUCGAGACGUUUGGAAGUACCGGCAAGGGAGUCUUGGAUGAUGAUAUCGGAAUCUACGGCUACGGUAGAAAUGCCAACGUUCCUGGUUCCCACCUGCGUCUCGCAUCGGCAAAGUCUCUCCUCAAGACUAUUGACGCCAAUUUUGGAAGCUUGGUAUUCUGUCGCCGGUACCUUGAGCGUCUUGGAGUGAAGAGCUAUCAUCUUGGGAUGAAGAACUUAAUUGACAAUGGGAUCGUCGAGUCUUAUGCUCCACUCGUUGAUGUGAAGGGUUCCUACACCGCGCAGUUCGAACAUACAAUUCUGCUCCACAGCGGUGGAAAGGAAGUCAUCAGUCGUGGGGAGGACUAUUAG